AUGGCUCUUCCAGUACAGCAGCCAAACAGCGGAGAGCGGUCGAGCUCCUCCUGGUACGAGAAGGUCUUCAAAAACAAGCGUCGCCACCACAGCUCGGCCCCGCCGUCGCCGCCGCCGCCGCCGCCGCCGCCUCAGGAACAACAAAGACGUACGGCGACCACGCGGACCGGUCCGGAACCAGUCCACCAAAAACCCGCUAGUACACGUCCGCCGCACCAGCAGGCGGCAUCAACGGCGCCGGAUACCAGCACGUCUUCUUCCACUGCUGACGACGAUGAUGCCAGAGGCCCGCUUAGCUUUCCCGAGCCGAACUUCUCGCCGGCCCUCAAGGUCGUCGACUACGACGACAGCGUCACGCUCGUGUCACAGGCGACAGGCCGCCGCUGGAGGGUGGUCGACUCCUCCAGGGGGUGCCAGUUCGGGGAGGUGCUGCGUGCCGUAGAGCUUUCAGGCGAAGCGGCGCCGGCGGUGCCGCCUGCGUACUUCGCCAUCAAGGAGCUAAAGGUGGACAAGCUGAUCGAGAUGCAGGGACGGACGCACGAGGAUCCGCUGAAGGAGGUCGCCGCGCUGCAGUACCUUCCCAAGCACCCGAACGUCCUCGCUUGCACGGAGGCGCUCUUGGACGAGAACAGCAUUUACAUCGUGACGCCGUUCUACAGCGGGGGCGAGGUGUUCAACGCGCUGUCAGCCAGCGGCCGAUUUGAAGAGGGUCAGGCGCGACUGCUGUUCCGCCAGGUGCUGGAUGGGCUACUCCACCUCAAGAGACACGGAGUCUGCCACCGAGAUGUGAGCCUGGAAAACCUGCUGUUCGCCGAGGAGGGUGUGGUGAAGCUUGUCGACUUCGGGCUGGCACUGCGCAUCCCCCAGAGCGAGGACGGCAGCGCAAGGAUCAUUCCGCCCCAGGGGCCGUGCGGAAAGCCGUACUACAUGGCGCCAGAGGUCGUGGCAAGCUCAACCUCAAGCGGAUUCGACGGGUUCGCCGUGGAUGUGUGGGCGUGCGGCAUCCUUGUCUUCGCCAUGCUGACGGGCGUUGCCCCCUUCGAGCUGGCUCUUCCCUCGCAUGAUAUGCGAUUCCACACCGUCGCCGUGAGGGAGAGACUCACGGAACUGCUGUCGGCGUGGAAUAUGCCGCUGUCACCGGAGGCGACUGAUUUGAUUCAGUCUUGCCUGUUGUUGGCUCCGGAGAGACGCCCCAGCCUCGAGGAGCUUGUCAACCACGAUUGGGUCAAAGGGUGACUGACAUCGGCUGGUUGCUCGCUUGAUGUGUUGUCUCCCCGCUAUUGCUUCCGCCUCCUCCACCUGAGAACCGAGCACUACUUGAGUUUGGGCCCAAGCGAGGGACAACAAGAAUAGAGUCUUUCGUAUAUACCUGUUUUGUACGAUGUGUGCUUGUGCUGUUGUAAUGCAUGAUAUGCGAGGUGUUGUGGUGGUGUGGGGGCAAUGGUGUGUGUGAGGCAUGGUGUUGGAGGAUUGCAGCCUCCCGGAAUGUAUUCCUGUUCUUGUCACGGAUGUGAUACUAAUAAUAGUAUUUUGUAGGCGCGACUUCGCGAUGAAAAAUACGAUGAUAUAGCAUGAAGACGAUACGCGGGGGGUGAUGAAUUAGAAUCUAGCGCGGGUGUGUGGCUUUGGUAUCCGUCUUGGUUGUUGCUGUUUUUUAUAUCUUGGUUUGAGUCUUUUCAACGAAGGCAGUGUUGCGGGUUGACGUUCACUAAACGCUGGUGGUGAGCUGGUGCCUCGGGCCUCCAUCCAAACCAUUGUUUUUAUGUUUCCAGCGUACAUUGUGCAAACGAGAAGGGUGUGACCGUAGGGUACGGCGCGAAAUAUAAGAGAGGGGGGGCGUCGCAUGGCUGUACCCGUAACGUUGAUUUACACGUUUGUUUGUCAUGAAUUGCUGUCGGGUCGUGAUGUUGCUGCUGCUACACUGGUUGAUACCGGUCUUUAAUUUUUACGUGCACAGCAGUACAUAUUGCGUGCUCUAGUUCAUACUGGACAAAUUGUUGUCAAGGUGUAUUGCCAGCGUCUCUUGUCCUCUGUAAUCAGAGAGGUAGUCUAGGUGCCCAGCCGUUCAUGUGCUCACCCCAUGGCAUUAGAGUAGCGUUAUUUAGAGUUGUGCCCCACGGCUGUGUGGCAGCGUCAUAUCCAGCGCACGGCCCGGGGGGCACCGGGCGUAUGAAGGAGGUUCGGAAAUGUUGGUUGGAAAAAAUGACGUGCUUGCUCGGUGUAUUGCUUCACAAAGUGAAGCUUAAAAUUGUAAAUGGAGGAUGACAUGAUAAAAAAUGAAGGAAGAUGUGUUCAG